AACGAACAGGUACACGAACGAACGAACAUGGACAAACAGAGUGAUAUAUUGAAGAGGAUCAACAAUGAGGUUGGCAGCGACCCAAACAACUUCAUGCGGGUCUUGACCAACCAGUCGAAUGGCGCGUUGGUCUACUUAAUCGGCACAUCACACGUGUCAAAGACGGAUGCCAAGCGUGUCAGUCAGAUAAUGGACAUAGUCAAGCCCGAUACAGUGUUUGUAGAGAUGUGUAAAGGUCGUGAAGUACUUCUCAGACUGCCAGAGCAACAGCUGCGACAGGUGAUUGCACGAAGACCCAACAUCCCAUGGCUGGGCACAACAAAGUUCGAUCCGGUUGUUCUCUCUGCCCUAUCCACCUUCUACUACUACGCGACCAAGGCAACCAAUCACAUCAGUGGCAUGGAGAUGAGAGUGGCAUCACAGUAUGCCAAGGAUAACAAGUGUCGACUUGUACUUGGUGAUCGUGAUCAACAAU